UUCUCCACUCGUUUCAUCAUCAUACUUUCAUUCUGCAGAAUGAAGUCGUGCGUCGAGCUUCUCUUUGUUUCUCUGCUGACAUUAUGUGAAGCACAAGGAACCAGUGUGACUCCUGUGUUUGUGCUGAAGGGACGUGAUCUGCUCCUGGAGCUUCAUGCUGAUCCCCCUGAGGGGGUUUUAUUUGUUAACUGGAAAAUCAAUAAAACAGUCAAUUUAGUAAGAUUUAAACCUAGUGGAGAAUCCCAUGUCGAUCCACGUUUCACUGGAAGGGUUCAGUUUGGUGAGAAUAAAUUCUCUGUGAGAUUGAAGAAUGUACAAGAGGUCGACAGUGGAGUUUAUUCUGCUGAAGCAGUAACACCUACAGGAGACAAACUAGCAGCUGAAUACAAGGUCACAGUUCAAGGACCAGUGUCUCCAGUUGAACUGAUCGUGGACCGAGUGGACAACAGCUCAGAGUCAUGUGACCUCCAUGUGACCUGCAGGACUCACAACGCUCACAUCAGCAGCACUUUCAGUUGUUUCGACCGGGUCUGCAUUCAGGAGGGAGGAGAGCGACCAGAGGUCACGACCUCUGGGGCUUCUCUCCAGGUCUACCUGUUGAACAACGUGAUCAUCUGUAACCAUAGCAACCAGGUUCACUGGACCCAGGACUUGAUUACAACUGAACAUUUUUGCUCCUCAAAUCCUGCUGAACACCUUUGCUCCGACCAUGCUGGUUGCGUGUUCCUGGUGAAGAUGGUGGUGUUCUCUGUGGGUCUGAUCAUCAUGGUGUCUGCCGUCAUCACUGUUCACCUCGUGGACUUCAAGAAGCACCAACAAAGAAAUGGAUGUCAAACACGUCACGCUGCCCGGGAGGAAAGCUCCCACUUAAAGGUCACCUUCUAAACCCGUGAUGAUGUUCCACUGACUCACAGCUGGUAGCAGCAACACACCAGGAGAAGAAAAGAGGAAGACGAGCGCAGAGCAGCAAACAUGGACGCAAACUAUUUAGGAUUUAAAGGAUUUAUAAAUUCAGCUUUGCAGAUAUUUCCUGGUGAAGGAAAGACAUUAAAAACGUGACUCAAAGAUGCAUUUUGGCAAGAAAAAACUU